GACGACAACAACAAACAGCAGCUCCAGCUGCUCUGACCAGCGAGCGGCGAGCAGCCAACUCCGGCGAAGGCAAGGUAAUCACCGACGAACCCAUCGAAGACGACAAAAACAACAGCGAGACCCUCGCAUCUCCAUUCCUCUCCUCUUCGGCGAAGUUCUAGUAAUCUAGCCAUGGAUGAGCAAUUUAUUCUGAGGGUUCCACCUUCUGUUGCUGAGCGAAUUGACCGUCUUUUAAGUGAAAAUUCUUCUUCAGAAGACAAACUGGACUUGUCUUUUUCUGAGGAUGGAAAGACGGGCAGUUUUGUCAUAGGCGACGAGCACUUCCCUGCAUCACUUUUGAAUCUUCCUUGCAUAGUGGAGUCGUACAAAACUUAUGAUGACAACGUGCUCAUUAAAUCCGCAGACAUUGGUCAAAUGAUUAUGGUGAGAGAAGAAGGUGAUCCUGUUCCAGAUGUGGUGGAAUAUAGACAUGGCCUCACAUCUCCAAUGAGAGAUGCACGAAGACGAAGAUUUCGGAGAGAGCCAGAUCUUAAUCCUGAGCUUGUUCGGCGUGUUGAUAAAGACUUGCAGAACAUAAUGUCUGGUGGAACAGCUGAGAAUAUUGAUAUAGAAGUUGUUGAGCAAGUGGAAGGAGGUGAAGCAAGUGCACGCCAUGUGAACAAGAAAGUGGCACAACCUGCAACAAAGCCUGACAUUUCCGAGCCCGGGACAGCUGGUGACGAUCCUGAUAGAACUGAGUCUGAGGAUUCUGAUGAUUCAAUAUAGCCGAGGACAUUUUCCAGCCUUUGCUAUUGUUGUAGUGGCUACCAAGUCUUUGCUAUUGUUGUAGUGCACUUCUGGUUAGUUGCCGUCAGAAUUUAUUAGAAACUUUAGCUCUUGUAUUUUAAUGCAGUUGGCUUAUCGAGUCUAGGCUUGAAUAUCGCUGUAAUAUACUUCAGACAUGCGAGCAUGACAAUUGCAAAUUGUGUUAUGUAAAGUGAUGGUCUGUCUCCAGUUUGAUGUAUUGAAUUCGCUUAUUUUGUUCUAAGAUAAGAAGAUGUUUAUUGCAAAAUUGA